AGCGUGAGGCCGCAGAGCAAGAGGCUCAGGAAGGACCCAUCCUGCUCCGGGGGGAGCAGCAGCGCCAGCAGUUCAGGGCCCCGCGGAAAAGGAGCUGACAGUGGCGGAUCAUCAUCCGGAAGUGGGUCUGGGGUUGCCCCCGCCGCCCCUGCAGGAGGCUCCCGCUCCUCCUCCCGGAACUUGGGGUCUUCAGGUGGUGAGAAGGAGGAAGGCAAGAAGGUGCGGCGGCAGUGGGAGUCGUGGAGCACAGAGGACAAGAACACCUUCUUUGAGGGUCUGUACGAGCACGGAAAAGACUUUGAGGCGAUUCAGAACAACAUUGCUCUGAAGUACAAGAAGAAAGGCAAGCCAGCGAGCAUGGUGAAGAACAAGGAGCAGGUCCGGCACUUCUACUACCGCACGUGGCACAAGAUCACCAAGUACAUCGACUUCGACAAUGUGUUCUCUCGCGGGCUGAAGAAGUCAUCCCAGGAGCUGUACGGCCUGAUCUGCUAUGGAGAACUGCGGAAGAAGAUCGGGGGCUGCAUGGACGACAAGAACGCCUCGAAGCUGAAUGAGCUCAUUCAGGCUGGGGCCACCACAGUGCGUUACAAAGGAAGGAACCUGCGGAUCAAGGCACCCAUGUGCCGAGCCCUGAAGAAGCUCUGUGACCCGGACGGCUUGAGUGACGAAGAAGACCAGAAACCAGUGCGCCUGCCCCUUAAAGUCCCUGUAGAGCUGCAGCCGCGGAACAACCAUGCGUGGGCCCGCGUGCAGAGCCUCGCCCAGAACCCACGGCUCAGGAUGAUCGUGGAGCUCCAUCGAAAAGUCUCCAGCCUCAUCGAAUUCUUAAAGCAGAAGUGGGCACUUCAUGAAGUGAGAAUUCGGAAGACUUUGGAGGAGCGGCAGCUACAGGACUCAUUCUCGGAGCCGUCACAGGAGAAGGUGGCACUGCACCUGUUCCCGGGAGAGAACUGCACGGUGACACCGCUUCCAGGCGUAGCCCGAGUGGUGCACUCAAAGGCCUUCUGCACCGUGCACUGGCAGGAGGGUGGCCGGUGCAAACAGAGCGCCAAGGACACCCACACGCUGCCUCCCGCCCAGAUCCUAGGCAUCCAGAGUGGGCAGGGCACAGCCCGGGGCCAGCUGAAAUGCCCGCGGGGUGGCGCUGAGGGCAAGGGCGGGGGCCGACCCCCUCCCUCAGCCGAUGCCUCACAGAGCUCUGGGGAGAGUUCCCCUGAAAGUGGCCCUGGGGAGGGGGCUGCCCCGAGUUUGAGCAGCCCGGAUGCUCCCGACAGGCUUCCCCCUGGACUCCAGGACACUGGGGGACAGCUUGAAAAGACCCCUGUGGCCAGUCUUGCAGAGGGUGUGGACGGCCCUGCUGGGGAGCCUGGAGCCCUGGCGUGUGCCUGCAGCCAGCUCCCAGAGCUGGAGGAUGAGCUGUCCCUCCUCGACCCCUUCCCCCGCUACAUGAAGUCUUGUCAGGACCUCAUCAUCCCUGACCAGUGCCGCUGUGCAGACCUGCGGCCCUCAGGGUGUGCCUCCCCAGAGACUCGUGUCCCAAGCGGCACAGAGGUGGCUGACCUCGCCCGGGCCAGGGCGUUGUCCCCUGUCCGCAUCCCACCCGGCCCAGAGCCUCAGCCCAGCCCCGGGCUCCAGCCGGAUCUUUGCACUAAAGACUUGGCAGACGCGCCUGUGGAGGAGCCCCAGGAGAAAGUGAGCCCCGCGGACCCCCCACCACCUCAGGGUCAGCCUGCUGCCAAGCUGCCGAAGGACGUCCCCGCCAGCCGGCUCGCCCAGCAGCUCCGCGAGGAGGGCUGGAACCUGCAGACCUCUGAAAGCCUUACGCUGGCCGAAGUCUACCUCAUGAUGGGCAAGCCCAAUAAGCUGCAGCUGGAGUACGACUGGCUGGCAGUGCUGGGCCCUGAGGGCCAGACCAACGGCGGGCAGGCCCAGGGCCCACGAGCCGGCUCCCCACCUGCUGCCUUCCACAAGCAGCGCCUCCUCAGCUGCCUCCUGAAGCUCAUCUCCACUGAGGUCAACCCCAGGCUCGCUCCUGAAGCAAACACUGGCUCCAUGGCCUCAGCAAGGCCAACCCAGGAGGAGCCAUCGACGACCCCCCCGGGGAAAGUGGUGACCGUCAGCUCCCGGAGCCCACGCUGCCCUCGAAACCAGGCUGCCCUCCGCCAUGGCAAGACCUUCUCUUCAAGCUCCGCACCCUGCUCCUCAGGUUUGAGAAACCCUCCAAGACACCUCCUGGUGGCUGGUCCCUCUAGUACGGGAGGCAGUGACGCAGAUGGGGGCCUUUUUGCCGUCCCCACAACUUUGCCACCCAACAGCCGACACGGGAAGCUCUUCUCUCCCAGCAAAGACACAGAAUUGACUUUCCGUCAGCAUCUGAACUCCAUCAGUAUGCAGUCGGAUUUCUUCUUGCCAAAGCCCAGAAAGUUGCGGAACCGGCACCUGCGGAAGCCGUUGGUGGUCCAGAGAACACUGCUUCCUAGACCAUCUGAAAACCAGUCCCACAAUGUCUGCUCCUUCUCCAUCCUGUCGAACUCUUCUGUCACUGGGCGAGGCUCGUUCCGGCCCAUCCAGUCCUCCCUGACCAAAGCGGCGUUGUCUCGGCCAAUUGUGCCCAAGGUCCUUCCACCCCAGGCCCCAGGCCACCUUGCCAGUGCGAUUGAUUUAGCGGCUAAGAGUGCCGGCAUCAUCCCUGGGAGCCCCCUCCCAGUCUUGGAUGCCGAGGGCUUGCCUGGCAUCUCUCCCCUGUCUUCAGACGAGGUGACAGCUGCCGUCUCAGGUCAGGACUCUGCCAGCACCCACCAGAAUGGAGACCCCAUCCCCGACGUAGGGGGCACAGGCGACCCGUUCAUCAGCGUCCCCUCGAGGCAGGAGCCGGUGGCAGAUAGUUUUCAGAGUUCGCCUGUCCUCUCCUUGUCCGAGCUGUCCAGGGCUCCUCUCCACAACGGCUCCUCAAGCACCCGGCUCUCUCCACCCAACGUCUCUGCUCUGCUGGACAUCUCCCUGCCCGGCCCACCCGAGGAUGUGCUGUCGCAGGGAGAGCCCGCCACGCAGAUCAGCGACUCCAUCAUCGAGAUUGCCAUCAGCUCUGGCCAGUACAGUGAAGGAGUCCCUCUUUCUCCAGCAAAACUGAAUGGCAGUGACAGUUCGAAGAGUCUUCCCUCCCCAUCCAGCAGCCCCCAGCCAGACUGGAUCGCCUCCCCCACCCACGACCCCCAGUGGUGCCCUAGCGACCCCACAGACUCAUCGCUCAGCAGCUUGUUCGCGAGCUUCAUCUCCCCAGAGAAGAGCCGGAAGAUGCUGCCAACCCCUGUCGGGACCAACAGUGGCACCUCCCUGCUGGGCCCCAGCCUCCUGGAUGGGAACUCCCGGGACUCGUUCGUGUCCAGGUCCCUGGCUGAUGUCGCAGAGGUCGUGGACUCCCAGCUGGUCUGCAUGAUGAACGAAAACAGCAUUGAUUAUAUAUCUCGGUUCAACGACCUUGCCCAAGAGCUGUCCAUCACUGAGCCUGGCCGCCGAGAGGUUCUGUUUGAUGGUGGUGGAGGUGGCCCCCCAGUAAGUGACCUGUCCCAGUGACUACACCUUGUCAGGGGGGUCAUCCUGGAGGCUGGGAAGAAGGCCUUUGGGGUUGGUGGUCCUCAUGUCAUAUGUGUAGCCCUCUUCAGAGGAGAGAGAACAUAAAUUGAGCUCUGGACUCCCCAAAGACAGCCUGAACAGAGGCCCCUCUGCACCCCAGAAUACGAGACACACAGGCAGCCAUGUCACAUGAGGCCGAGAGCAGCGGUGGUCCAGGAGAUGAGGAAGCAUCCUGGAAGGCCAGUGUUGGAUGUGGCUGAGGUGCUGGCGCGGCCCCCUGCUGGGCUGGGGCGCAUUAUGGUCUGUGCAGUGCCCGUGCUUCCGCCUCGGGUGUUGUGUUGGAUGUUCUGGCGGGUUUUCUUUCUGAGAGAAAAGAGUAGGUGUGGCUGUAGUCAUUAAGUCCUGGGAGCAGUGACCUCCCGUUCUCUGUGGAGAGGCUCCAGGCUGCUGCUUGCUUGCUGCCAAACCUGCGCUGUGCUACAGUUGUUCUCUCUGCAGAAUGACGACAGGGAGGGCAGCUGGGCACGGCCUGCGCUCUGCCCCGUGGUGUCUGCACCGUGCAACAGCGGGCACUUCAGAGGACACUGAACACAGGGCAACAGGAGGGGCCCAGGGCAGCUGCACAGGUGCCAUCUCCCCGGAAAUCCUGACCUUGCCCAGUGCUUCCCUUAGCUGGAGGUUGUGUUCUGACUGCCCUAACAGGAAGGGAGGGAGAGAAUCGUGUCUUACGCAGGUUUUGUGGACUUUUUAAAAAAUUCUGCUAAGCUGGUUGGAAAAUGGUUUUCUUGUGUUUUAAGAAUUAGGAGACGUGUAAGAAGCAGAGCAGAGUCCCUGUUUGGUUGGCUUCUGCCCUGUGUCUGUCUGCGAAUUUCUUCUAGGUGGUCUAGGACAUUACUUCUCUGUAGUAGGAGAACUCCUGAGCACUUGUUUGACUAUAGAUAAGACUUUCCUAAAGAGUUCUUGAACUUCUAACGUUACUGCCUAGCAUCAGGGACAGAUGCCCUUUGCAGGGAAAGUCCUCUCGUUCAGAGUCUCCUCUUCCUUUUGCUGGCAUCAUUGCACAGGAUGUCCCGGUGCAUAUAUCUCAUCCCUGCUUGUACUUUUGCCCCGUGGUCUCCUGUUUCUCUUCUUCCCAUUCAGGGAAUCCAAGCAAGGUCAGGCAUCUGGGUGCAGGCAGAGCCUGCUGAAACCACAUCCCUCCGGUGUGCUCCUUGAGCAUCCUCAGGGGACCAGUUGUCACCUCGGCAGGUGGUCCACUAUUCAGUCUUUCCCAGAAUGGCGCUAACAGGGCUCUCUGUCUCCUCAGCCUGGGCGCAGUGAUGGGGGUAGGGGGUUUCGUCCAACACAAAACCCGCCAUCCAGCCACAUCCCCGUGUCUGGGUGCCAGUGCCACGGUUUGGGUAGGUAAUCCCUCCACCCGGCAGCCAGAAUCAGUACAGCUUCUUGAACUGUCUCUGUUCCUCACCUCCCUCUUCCCCAGCUUGCUGUGGAGUGGCAGCCUUCAGGGCCAAUCCUGGCUCUCUCCACUGGCCUCUCCCGGUCUGCCAGAGGAGGUGAGCCAGUGUGAAAAGGAAGAAGGUUCUCUGCGUGGAUGAUCAGAGUCGCUGCCCUUGACUCCAUGGCCUUGCCAGUGGCUGCAGCCACUUUAGAUGUAGACAUGGUCAUUCACGCCAAGUCUUGGAGGAAACAGAGGACAUCUGGCCUCCAGGCAGUAGCUUCCUCCCUUCAUCUCACGCUUCUCUCAGAGCGCUUGCCUGUGAGGUGGCUUCCCUCCUUCAGGUCUGGAUCUAGGCCCAGACAUCACUAACAAAGGCCAGUGUGGGCAGCUUUUCUGGGCUCUUAAGAAAAUAGCCCCAAAGCUCCAGAAGACCGAGAGAGGGGAUGUGCUACCACUUUGUGAAGAUAGACAGCAGUAUUUGAAUCCAGAGUAUCUUUAAACUAACUACUGUGAUCAAUAGAUCACCUUCCUGAAAGGAGCACCUUAUUGAGCCAGACAAGGUCUGUAGGUCGCUCUCUGGGCAUCUGACUUGGUUAGAUUCACAGUAGGUCAGGCUGAGUUUGGGUCGCUGCUGACUUUCUCAUAGAGAUGUCAAGUAACAUCACCGAAUCAGUGCUGGGGGCAGUGUGCACCUUGCCAGGGACUGUUGAGGUCUGGAGCUGCUUAUCCAUCAGGGGACACCCUGAGGUAGGCUGGUGGGUAGGUUGACAUCUAGAGGGAGGAAAACUCUGAAGGUUUGGGUCAGCCUUUGUAGGCCUUUAUGUAGCAGCACCUCCUGCUUGGGCCUCUUGAGUAGGCGCCAUCAGGGCCAGCGUUGUCCAGUGGGGAGGUGGUAUCCAGAGGAAAGUGGACCGACUGACGCUUCUCGCCUGUGACAAAGCUGAUGUGAUUACAGAGAACUCUGCUUCUGUAGCAACCAGCUGUAUUAAGGAAAAAUAGUGUCAUUUGUGGCAUUAAAAUGAUGGCUGCAUUUUCUCCCAGCCUAAAUGAUUAUAUACAUGUGAAAAUAAGCAACUGUUAAAAGGCUAGAGUUUUUCAAAAGACCUCCCACUUCUGCCUCUUCCUUUGCCUUUCCAGCGGAAGUCGUGAGAGUCUCAGUGUGUCCCUGUGGCUCCCUUUGGGCAUUUGAGCAUGUUGUGUUUAAGACCAGAUCAGUUGUUCAGAAAAAUCUCUUGCCUAGUCACUCUAAUGUCAUCUGGGAUCUUUCAGCUGAUUCAUCUCUUUUAACAGUUGAGACUGAGUAUCUCCGGUCUCAGGGGAGCUGGGUUUUGGCCUUGAUUCUUUAUUGUGACUCUCCAGAGGUAAGCAUUCCAUACUUGAAGAUGCAUAGGCAAGAUGAAGUUCAUGAUUCCACAGUAAGGUUUGUGGUGGCAUUUUUCUCAUCUCUGUAUGGUCUAGGUGUAGAGUACUUGCUCAGGGAGGGGAAACAUUUCACCGGUUGAUCUGCUUGCUUUCCCACAUCUCUAGGUCCCUAGCCAUCAGUCUCAUUCUCUCUCAUUCUGUACCAUAGGCUCAUCCCUGGUGGUACCUUUUCAGUUUAAUAGCGUCUUGAACUAGAUGACACCACUGAAUCCGAAUGUGAGCAAAGAAAAGUCAUGGAAUAAAAGACACUUAAAACAAAGGGAGGAGGAAAACAGCAGUUGCUUUUGCUUUUCUUUUUUAACACUGAGAACUAGCAGAUGCGUUUAGGAGGAAAUGUGGCACUUUGUCUUAAGAAAAACAAAAAAAGGAAACCCAUAGCAAACCCUUCCUGACUGUCAGAGCUCUCCUAAUCCUACAGUAACUCGUAAGUCAUGUUAAGUGAGUUAAGUCUUGGAAGCACUACAGCAACCUGUGCCCUUUGUUCUGUAACAGGAUUCCUGGCUCUCAAACUACAGUUGGGGCAGCAGAACUUAUUGCUGUUUCUUUUAAUAAUCGUUAAGCCAUAUCAUCUAAGGUUUUCGGCUUGUUUUGAGAUGUGAAUUUGUUUUAUAGAUUAUAAAUAUACAUAUACAGUGUAUGUAUAAAGCUGAAUGCCUGUCCUUCCUGAUUAUUUUUUGUACUAUAUUGUAAAUUAUAUUAUUUAUUCUUUACCAGUUUUGGGAAUAAAAGGUGUUUGGUUAUUUAAUAUAAUAAACAAAAGCUGUUAAACUUCUUAUGUUUAAAUUUCCAGUUCAACUUGUAAAUCUGUUUUUAUUAUUGUGCAUAAAUACAUACUAAUACUUGAUCUAAUAA